GAGAUUGGGUUUUGUGGGUUUCUGUUUCUAUGAAUGGAUACAAUUUUUUAAAGUUGGGUUUGAUUGAAAAUGGAGUUAGUGUGUUGAUGAUUCAAGUAACCAUGUAGUUUCCUGAUCUGCUUGGCUCUCAUUAUUAUUUUCCAAGUUGGGGUGGUGUUUUGUUGUUAAGGGUUUGGAAUUUUAAGGUUUUCUAAGUAAUAUUUUUGUCAUCAAGCACCAAAUAGCCCAAUGACAUUCCAUAAUUCCACUAACAUUACAUAAUUUUUGCUGAGUAGCUUUUUCUUGUUGAUGAUGAGGCUUCAAACAAUUAUUACUAUUUACAAUUGACUUUCUAUGUAUAACAUUUCCUUGUUGAUUUAAUUUGGAGUGGUGGUUGUGUUUAUAUCUGUCUAAUCUAAAAUAGAGCAAAGGACUUGUUACAUGGAAGUGUUUAAGUGAUAUUGGGACAUGGAGAGGGUUGUGGAGCCGAAGGUGCUUCCUCGGACCUUGCCUAUCCUGGUUGAGGUAUCGAAUGCACACACAGCUGCUGCAAGAGAGUCAAGUCAGAGACUAAAUCGCCGGGAGGGAUCGAGUGUUGGUGGAAUUUCGGUGAGGGAAGUGAGUCAAUUGUCCAAAACAAGGGAUGUUGAGGUGCCAAUUACUCGAUUGGCCUCUCUCAGGGAAGUGGCUCAGUUAACGAAUGCACGGAUAUACUUGGUUCAAGAAGAUAUGGGAUUCGAUACUCGAUCCUCUGAAGAAUCCCUCACCUUUGAGCCUACCAUAGCAUGGAAAGGAAAGGCCCCUUCACCAGAAGCAGAAGAAUUUGUGCCUGAUGUUGAGACAUUGAAGGGAAGCAGCGAUUCAUUUGAGGACAGCGAUCCAAGUUUAUUUGCUGGUGCUAGUCAUCCCCCAGAACCUGUUGAUACAGAUCUUAUGAGAACUGUUUAUGUGCCUAUAGGUCAAAACAAAUCUGAGGCUGGAUGUUUAAUCAGGAACUUGCCUACAAAAGGCCCUCUUUUGGAAGAUCUCUCGAUUCGUGUUCCUGCAAAGAAACCAAGUCCAGCUGCCCUUUCCCCUGAAGAAAGUCUGGUUGAAGAACUAAAUGAUAUAGGGAACAUAGCAUUUUUGGGUCCUCGGGCAUCGCAGAAUAUCGAGAACUCUCUCCUCCCUCCAGAUGCUGAGGAAAAAGAAUGUGUUUGGGAUGCUUCUUUGCCUCCUAGUGGCAAUGUGAGUCCUCUUAGUAGUAUUGAUAGUACUGGUGUUGUCACUGCUAUGAGCAUUGUUAAUAGUUGUGCUAGUACAUAUCGGAGUGAUGCAAUGACUAGUGAUGGCAUGCUUAGUUUAGACAGGAACUGUGAUAGUACUAAAGGGAGUGUAAGGGGGGAUUCACUAGAGAGUGCUAAAACUAGUGCUAGUAGAGCAAGUGAUAGCAGCGGCCUCAGCGAUGACAGCAAUUGGAGCAACAUUACUGGUAGUGCCAAUAAGCCUCACAAAGGAAAUGAUCCUAGGUGGAAGGCUAUCCUUGCUAUCCGAUUACGAGAUGGGAUUUUGGGCAUGAGUCAUUUUAGGUUACUCAAACGACUAGGAUGUGGUGACAUUGGAAGUGUAUAUCUCUCGGAGCUGAGUGGAACUCGGUGUUAUUUUGCAAUGAAAGUUAUGGAUAAGGCAUCCCUAGCAAGCAGAAAGAAGCUGACUAGAGCACAGACAGAGAGGGAGAUAUUGCAGUUGCUGGACCAUCCAUUUCUACCAACUUUGUAUACGCAUUUUGAGACUGAUCGAUUCACGUGUUUGGUAAUGGAAUAUUGUCCAGGGGGUGAUCUUCACACUUUAAGGCAGCGGCAGCCUGGGAAGCAUUUCUCAGAAUAUGCUGCACGGUUUUAUGCCGCGGAGGUCCUGCUUGCUCUUGAAUAUCUUCACAUGCUUGGAGUAGUGUAUAGAGACCUUAAACCAGAAAAUGUGUUGGUCCGAGACGAUGGUCACAUAAUGCUAUCAGAUUUUGAUCUUUCCCUCAGAUGUGCUGUUUCACCUACUCUUAUCAGAACUUCCUAUGAUGGUGACCCGUCAAAACGGGCCGGUGGUGCAUUCUGUGUUCAACCUGCAUGUAUUGAGCCAUCAUCAGUGUGCAUCCAACCUGCAUGUUUCAUCCCUCGGUUAUUUCCUCAGAAAAACAAGAAGUCUCGGAAGCCAAGAGCUGAUCCUGGGUUGCCUUCCAGCACACUUCCAGAGCUUGUUGCCGAGCCUACACAAGCUCGAUCUAUGUCCUUCGUUGGCACUCAUGAGUAUCUUGCCCCAGAAAUUAUCAAAGGAGAAGGUCAUGGAAGUGCAGUUGAUUGGUGGACAUUUGGAAUUUUCUUGCAUGAGCUGUUAUAUGGGAAAACCCCUUUCAAAGGGUCAGGAAACCGUGCCACACUUUUCAAUGUAGUAGGUCAGCAGCUCAGGUUUCCCGAGUCACCUGCUACCAGUUAUGCAAGCAGGGAUCUGAUCCGUGGCUUGCUAGUGAAGGAGCCGCAGCAUCGGCUUGGUGUUAAAAGGGGUGCAACUGAGAUCAAGCAGCACCCCUUCUUCGAAGGUGUGAACUGGGCGUUGAUUAGGUGCAGCACACCGCCAGAAGUGCCGAGACCGGUGGAAAAUGAACUACCAGGGAAGGCUGGACCAGUUGAUCCUGUUGGAGUUGGCACUGGCAGCACUAGUAAGAGGGUAGUAGGUACUGACAUGAAGUCUUGGGGUAAAUAUCUGGACUUUGAGUUCUUUUAGUUUGGAUUCCUCAAUCUGCUUUUUUAUUGUAUUUGCCAUUAUUAGUCAUUUUCAUGGGUGCUGCCCAGCAUUACCAUGUCAUUUCAGCUUAGUAAAACUCCAUUUCAGUUGGAAAUAUGAUACCUCAAGUUUAGACUAGGUUCUUUAUGUCUGAUCCCAUAAUUCCUAUGGAUAAUCCAUAAUGUAGUAUUUCUAUACAGAAUUUAAAUACUUCUCACGAAAUUUAUAAUCUUUCUACAGUUUUGAGGCAA